CUCCAGAUGUGCUCAAAAACAGAGUCUCUCUGUGGAAGCCCGGUCCCCCAAUCCCAGAGAGAGUCGAAUUAGCAGAGGUCCCAAUUCCUGUGUCCCCACCCCCCUAAGAGGCAGUCUCUGCCUCCACCCUUCUGGGGCAGGAAAGGACGCCUUUUGCACUUCUGUAAAGGGAAGGGGGGUAAGAACUCUACCUUCACACUGGGAGGACCAGCACGGGCAUACCUGUAGCUCCUGAGGUCCCAUUGGGUUCGAGGACAAGUGUCACCUUUUUGGAGCAAAAGAUGUGUUGGAACACGCUGCUGCUUCUGCUGUUGUGUUAUGAUGCUCAGGCGGCGGUGUCCCACAGGUGGAGCAGGGCCAUGCUCUUUCCUGCUGCGCAUCGGCCAAAGAGAUCCUCAUCCAUGCCCCUGAAUCCCGUCCUGCAGAGCUCCCUGGAGGACGUAGAACUGCUCUACGAGUUCCUGCUAGCUGAACUUGACAUCAGCCCCGACCUGAAGAUCUCCAUCAAGGACGAGGAGCUCUCCUCAUUGAGGAAAGCCUCCGACUUCCGCACCAUCUGCAAUGACGUGAUCCCCAAGCGCAUCCCGGACAUCCGCCGGCUGAGCGCCAGCCUCUCCAGCCACCCUGGCAUCCUCAAGAAAGAGGACUUUGAAAGGACAGCGCUGACCCUGGCCUACACGGCCUACCGCACCGCCCUGUCCCAAGGGCAUCAGAAGGACAUCUGGGCCCAAUCCCUCCUUAGCCUCUUCCAGGCCCUGAGGCAUGACUUGAUGCGGUCCUCGGGCCCCAGAGUGUCUCCCUGAGAGCCCGGCCCACGGCCACGGAGCAGGGACCAGCACACGCGGUAAUCCAAACACUCUUCAUUCUCUACUCCAUUUACAGAGCCCUGCAACAAAGCACAUGCCACCAACUCAGAGUAGCAGAGAUAAAAUAAGUAACCCCAUGUCCUCUGCCCCUCAUAGUUCCCUGACAAGCACAUCUAAUUCGUGUCACGGUGUGACCGGGGCUGCAAGAAAGGGCUAGCGUGGUCAUUCAAGAUGCCUCCAAAGGCCACCUGAUUUGCCUGGUGACGCGCUGCAUCACCGAGUGACCGCCAUAAACACCCGAGGGCGAAGACAGAGCUAGAGGAGACGGCACAGAGGUUUGGGCAUUGCGGGAAGAUGGGGGGACAGAGAUCAGGGCGUGAGGCCGAAUGAACAUCAUUCCAAAGGUUCCACAUAGUUAAGAUACUUAAAACGAAAAGCUGGAGCUAUAGCAAAUAAACACUUUGUUAGCCAAAGAUCCACGUGUCAACUUUUCCAAAAGUCACCAAGAAGCAUCAGCCAGAAAAUCAGUAAUGUUGUGGCCUCUCUGUCUUGUCUCUUCUUCUCCGAAAGCGGAUUUAAUACAGAGGAGAAACACGGCGGGGGCCCACAGAGAGGCUGCAAACUGUCUGACCUCGUCUUCUGAACAGAGAAAGCACGCUGAUGCAGAGAGGAUCACCCCAGGAAGAGCUCCAAAUACAAAUGAUUUUUUAGACAACAGAACUUACCCUUUCAAAUGCCACAACCUUCAUUUUAGCAAUGCUGACUUGCUGUCUUUGUUAACCGUAUGUACGUAACAUCUUGAGCUUCUAUUUAGGAUCUUUGAAACGUUCUGAUGAAGGAAUUGGAUAAAAUAACCUCUAAGAUCGCUCGACUUCCAAAAGUUCCACGAUCACUGAACCAGCCGUGAGAUAAUCACAGGGGGGACACCGGGACCUAAGGGGUCUGCUGGACUGUUUGCGCCAAGCCCAGAAGGCCCCGGGGCUUGGCUGAUUCUGUCGGGUGUGUGUCCUGCCUUCUGCACCGUGAGGCUGUAAGAGGGCGCUCCUCUUUCUUUCCAACACAACUUGCCCGUUGCAAUUUGUUCUAUUUUGGCUGCUCCCACCUAAGGGACAAAGCAGGGAGGCUUGUCAUAAUUCUGUGUUAAAUCGGAGCUAGUAGGCGAAGGUCUCUGCUAGAGGGAGGCACUAGGCUCUAAUAUGGAUUCCUCCCUGGCUCUCCUGACUUGAAAGCUGGGUUUUGGAGGCUAACGUUGCAAGAGGUCUAAUCUUUGAAUGAGUGACAUCUUAUCCGGCAAAAUUUGAUUCUGAAAUGGGUAUUUAACAACUGUCAUUGGAUGAUGGCCUAAAGUUGAUCUGGACUUCUUAAAAACUUUGAAUAAGUCAUUGCUUCGCAGCUGCAUGAUCCUUUUGGAGAAACAGUAGGAUGUAGGACGAAGGUAUUCAUCAUCAGAGAAAAAUACAACAUGGAAAAAUCCUGAUGUUCUCGGGCUCCGAAGAUUAACGACUGCUGGUUUCUCUGGUCCUCAUUCCCUGAUUACACCACCCUUUUACGGCCCUCAAAUGCAGUCUCUGAUAUACGCUUUUGGUUCCAUUUUUCCCUUCCUGAUAUUCCAUGUUCUCUUCGACCUGGUUUGUGUCUCUUCUGCCUUAUCUUUGGGCCCAAUUCUGAUUAUAUUUGUAUCCACUUCUCCCAGUCUCUUUUGGUGCACGUAUGCUCACUCUAGCUCUGUCUGCUUGCACUCUGACACUGUCUUUCAGCCCCCUGUGGGUAUCACUGUCUGACCAAAACAAAGGUCAACAUACAGGGCCAGGAGUUCCCAAAAGGCCGAUUAGCCUCAUGGCUGCCUUCACUGUUUGUACUUUCUCUGGAUGUGGGGUAGAGGAGGUUAGCAGAGGGCUCAAUCCUUUGACAUUGUGCAAUACCCUGACAUCAGUCUUGCAUGCCACCCCGGGCCACCCCGGGCCUCCACCCCCAUCAGGAUGGAUCUGAGAGCCUUUUUUCAGACACUGGUUAGACAGACCACCCUUGUAGUCCCUCCCUGUCAUGUUCUGAUAUUCGCGGUCACUCCCAGUGGUAGGAGAUUCGUGAAUGGGAGGAUGGUUCCCAGGACCAGUGAUAACCUGGAGGUUCAUUCACCCUGCAGCAAAAAUUAAAGGCACUUUUGUACUCAUGAAUUGGGGCACAUGUUUAUGUGGCAAUCAAGGACCAAGGGAAAAAGAAAAAAAAAAAAAGAAACAAGAAGGGCAUGACUUUUUUAAAGACAAAUGAAAAUUUCAUUUUCAGUAAUUCCAUGACACUAUUAAAUACUAUUUGGGGCUGAAUACAAAUUAAUUGUUUCCCACAAGAAGCUUUAUCACAAUAACUUCAUUUAUGCGGAAGAUCAAAUAUAACACUCACCAAUGCCACCAAAGACCUGACUCUUUGCUCAACAAACAGUGAAACAGGAGACUGGACAGAAAAAGACUGUCCCAUUUCGCCUCACUGAUCCCACACGGUAGCACCACAUCACAACUGGAUCACCUUUUGUCAUAAUUACGCAUAGACAGAAUAAUUUGGGGCAUGGUUUCUGUAGAGGAAAUGUGCCUGUAACUUCUGGGACUAAUUCUGCCAUUUCUAUACUGCUGGGAACUUGUAGGAUCUAAAAAUUCCGGAAGCUUCUUCUAUCGUUGCUAUCCUGGUGGCUACCUCUGGCGUCACUCAAGAGACGCUGAAAAACACCUGUAUGGCUGAAACUUCCAUUGCCCUCUCAUCUCGCCUUGAAUCUAAAAGAGAAUCGCCUCAGUGGUAAAUCAGUCAGAAGGUAUUUCCACCGGUGGACCGGUCUAAAAUUAAACACUUGUUAAAUGUCUUUACAUGGCACCCCUUAGUUUCCUAACCCAUUUUAACGUCUCCUAAUUUUUUGUGCGGUAAAGAAAAAAAAAAAAAGUAACGUGAAAUUUACCAUCUGAGUUGCCUAUGUGUGCCGCACAGUGUUAGCUAUAGGCACAGGGUGGUGUGACAGAUCUCUAGGAAUUUUCAUUUUGCAAAGACGACCCCUCUGGAACAGUAACUCCCCUCUCUCCUCUCCCCCUCAGUGCCUGGCAACUGCCUUUCUACUUUCUAAGAGAUUGACUACUUUAGAUACCUCAGAGAAAUGAAACCUGCCUUAUAUUUCUUAAGCAUAGUAUCCUGGAAAAUGUUUUCUUCAUCUGAAAAAUGGAUAGAGCCCUGAAGGAGAACUACUGGUCUUACCGUGUUGCUCACCUUCCCUAAUUUUAUUUAACAGUUAUUCCUUUAUGGUAUAAUAAAAAUGUCAUGAUCGA